UGAUUGCAGAUUCUUUCGGCUGCAUAUAAAAAGACCGCCGUUGAGUGAACAAUUCAGUUUCUUCGAAACAAAUAUCUGAAGACGUCAUAAGUCAUAACAAUGAAUACUUUCUUGUUUUGUUUUGUUCUCGCUGUUGGCUUAGCGAGCCAGGCAGUAACUGGGACUCCACUUCAGCAAAACCAGGCUCCAACAGGUCAAGGAAAUGCAAACGCGAUUUCUGGCGAACCAAGCAAGAAAGCCAUCGAUGACUUGACAAAAUUGAUUAAUGAUGUAAGAGAGCAAAUACAAUCCACAUUAAACGUACAAAAAAUGGAAGAUUUUUUUAAAAAACACGAUCACAUGUUUAGUGAGACAACAAAAAACAAGUACAAUAAACUAGUCGGUGACUUUAAAAACGCUGAAACACAGGCUAACUUAUCGGGUGCUACCUCUGAUUUCAAUGGACUGAUUGCUGCAGUCGGUGACGAUAUAUCUAAAGCUGUUCAAACGCAUGCAAAAGAUAUUCCCAAUUCCUCUGAAAUCCUUGAACGUAUCAACAAUUUUGUAAAGCAAGUCACUGAGCCUAAACGUAAUUAAUUCGAUUGACGGCUACUGUUUGAAAUGUACUCCAAAGUUUUUGGUCUAUAAUAAAUAAUUAAUGCAUUCAAAAUAAAAA